CGAGGCCGGAAGUGACGCACGGGGCUGCACUGCGCGCCGGAAGCCCCGCAGGCGGCGAAGAUGGCGGAGGGCAGCGGUCGCCUCGGCAAAGGCAGCGGGAGCGGCACGGGGAAGGGGGCAGUGUCGGCCGAUCAGGUGAUUGCUGGCUUCAACCGCCUUCGGCAGGAACAGCGGGGCCUAGCAUCCAAGGCAGCCGAGCUGGAAAUGGAGUUGAAUGAGCACAGCCUAGUGAUUGAUACACUGAAGGAGGUAGAUGAGACCCGCAAGUGCUUCCGCAUGGUCGGCGGGGUGCUGGUGGAGCGCACUGUCAAAGAGGUGCUGCCUGCCUUGGAGAACAACAAGGAGCAGAUUCAGAAGAUCAUUGAGACACUGACACAGCAGCUUCAGGCAAAGGGAAAAGAACUAAAUGAAUUCCGGGAAAAGCACAAUAUUCGGCUCAUGGGCGAGGACGAGAAGCCAGCCAAGGAAAACUCAGAAGGAGCUGGGGCUAAGGCCAGCUCAGCCGGAGUGUUGGUCUCCUAGGGACCAAGGCUUCUGCAUUUUUUCCUACCUGACUCCCACUCUAAUUUCUCGUUAUUGUUGUUACUUUCUCUGCUAUUAUAAUAUUUUUUGUUAAUUAAAUGUUUUAGUCAGAAUG